AUGCAUCCAGCGGAAUCGCCACCAUCAACCUCGUCGCCUUUGUCGGUUUCAGAUCGGCUGAGAGUCGUGUCACAAAGCAAAGUCAUGGAGGUGUCCGGAGCGCAAUCUCGCACGAAGAAAGGAGUCACUCAUCGUCGAGCUACCCAGGCAUGUCUGCGCUGUCGCUCGCGCAAGGUCAGAUGUGAUGUAACACAUAAAGCGGGCUAUUGCACAAAUUGUUUGCUCGACGGUGCUGAAUGCAGAGUCAUGAAGUGCAGGCGUCGCGGCCAUAAAACUACAGAGCACUAUGCGCUGCAAAUUUCAGAUAACUCUGAUGCAAAUCGAAACGCAAACACUCGGAAGACAGUGAUAGCCGGAGAAGGGGCAUUCAUGGUUGAGCAGCCUCCUGACACACCUGGAGAAACAAGACGUUCACCGGAUGAAUGGGAAGAUCGCGAUAGCAAUCGCCCAGACGCUAGCCUCAGGGAUUUGCGGCAAUCUAAAGCGACUCGCGGUGAGCUUGUACCUAGGACCUCCGAGUCACACGGCUUUAUACUGUCCUUAUCGGAGCAGCCAGAGCUUCCGUUGCCAAAUGAUAUCGCUCCGCAAGAUGAAAGCUCCCUCGACAGAAAUGAUGGUCUGCUUUCAGCGCCAUCUACACCACCGCCUCUUCCCCAGAGUGACUCGGGAGCCUUACCGGAUUUUAUUGAAGCAUUCCCUCUGCGCGGUCCUGGCGACCUAGAAUUCUUGAGGCAGAGGGCGGUUUUUGCCUUGCCGCCCCAGCAACUUCAACGCGUGAUAAUGGACCGAUUUACCGAGUUUGUGCAUCCACUCCUACCGAUCCUGGAUCUCCCAACAUUCCGAAGUGUAAUAUUUGGUGAGAAGCCAGGGCAAAGGGUGUCUUUGCUUCUCUUUCACGCAGUCAUGUUUGCCGGGGUGGGAGCUGUUGAAAGUGACAUCGUCCUCCGACAGGCUUACAUGAGUAAGACCACGGCCAGACAAACGUUUUACGAAAAGGCGAAGACUCUCUUUGAAUUGGAGACCGAGAAAGAUCGCAUCGUCAUCUGUCAAGCAUCGCUCUUUCUCAUAGGAUGGGCCAGCCGAAGCAACUUGAAAGACGCCACUUACUGGCUCGGCACUGCCAUUGCUCAAGCACAUGUCCUAAAGUUGCACCGGUCAGAGCCUGCCAGCUUGAUGAAUCCAGCCAAGCAGCAGCGGAAGCGGAAUCUUCGCCGGAUAUUGUGGUGGAGUAUUUUGAUGAAAGAAUGCGACCUUUGCAUGUCCAUAGGUCAACCACCGCGUGUGUGGCCGUUUGGCACACCAAUGCUGAACAUGACCGAUCUUGGUUUGGAAGAAAAUGGAGCUCCUAGCAUCGAUAGCAUGGCUCCCCAAAUUCAACAAGCCUUUGAUCCACUUCCCCCAGCACUUGCGACAAUCUGCAUUUUGAAGGCCAAACUUUGCUGGCACAUUUAUCGCAUCAUGCGCAAUAUCCACGAGGAUCUUUCGCCCUGGGAUUGCCAGCCACGCGCCAACCCACUACCAUUUCUCAGAGAAUAUAUGGUCCAAGAACUUUACCGCUGGCGGUCAGAGAUUCCCGUCGAGCUAAACAGCAAAAAUCUGCUCGGAGACGGCAUAGGAGGGAGUCAGCGCGGUGUGACGUGGGCUAUAUCUGUGCUUGAGAUGAUUUACUGCGCUGCACAUUUCCUCGUCCACAGGGACGGUAUGCUCAUGGACGAUAUAUCCGAGCAUGUCAGCCCGGACUCAGUCACCGACCGCUGUCCACCGACCGACUACAGUCGGUGCUUCCUGCGUCAGGCAGCCAACGAAACGGCUGAAAUACUGGAAGGGCUACUCAACUGUGGAUUGGCUAAAUUUUUGCCUCCAUCUUCCCUUAUCAAUAUCUGCCUGGCUGCUUCGACCUUCUUUCGAGACGCAAACUCGGCAGACCCAAACAUGCGCAAAACGUGCCUGCAAAAGGUGGAUGUGUGUAUCAAAGUUUCGAAAUUGCUUGCUGAUAUGGCUCCGAGCAUGAAGGAGGUUGUAGCAAAAAUGCAGGAUGCCAGAACAGGUUUUCAAGGUCGGACAUCUCGGUCAGUGACGGCCUUGAGUUCUGGUUACGCUCAACCGUCAACCACGACACUGACACGCGCGAACUUGGAGGAAAGAAGUGAAAUAGAUCAUCAAUCGCUGUCUGGUAGCACCUUGGAAGUCAGCAAUGCCGGGGCCGAGGAUAGCAAUGCAUCCAACGGCUAUCCUGCCCCAAUGUCGUACGAGUGGAAUCUGGAGGAAGAUUUCAAUCUCGCUGGGCACGCAUUGCUAGAUUUUGAUCUCAACGGUUACACCUGGGCAUAG